UGUGUGUGUGUGUGUGUGUGUGUGUGUGUGUGUGUGUGUGUGUGUGUGUGUGUGUGUGUGUGUGUGUGUGUGUGUGUGUGUGUGUGUGUGUGUGUGUGUACACACGUCACACACGGCCGUACCUCCGCCCUCUCUUUCUCCUGACAUUGUGCAGUUGAGCUUAGCUCUCGUGGUUGGAGAGAGGAGAGGAGAGAGGCGGUAUGGGAGAGCACUAGAUGGGGGUUCUGGAUUCGUCACCGAUCUUUGGAAUGAGGAAAAGACAAUGAGAAGACAAGACCUAGAUAUGUCUGGCUCCCUGCUAGUAGAAAUAAACAAUGCUGCAUGAAGCCCAUUACACAGGCUUCCAAUACGUGUGUGUGUGUGUGUGUGUGUGUGUGUGUGUGUUGGGGGUGUGUGUGUGAUAAUAUUACAGUAUUUUCCCUGUUGGAGUAUCAUGAACCACAGGUUCAUGCAGUCUGACAAUUCAAAGUGGGUUGCAUUCCACGAAUUCUGUUACACGUGAAACUAUGGCACUGGACUUAAAACUUUAUCUAGCAUUGAGUGUGUGUCUGUGUGUGAGUGGGACUGUUCUUUGCCAAGCCCACCAGCUAUGGAAAAACAAUUUAACUGGAUUUAAUUAACCUCUCCCCCUUUCACUGGGCCUUUGGCUUUUGUGUAGGCUUCAGAGAAGUUAAGAAAUUGUCUUGUUUAGUAAAACAGCCCUCAUCUUUAAGUGGGCCUAGCUCAUCUGUCAAUUAAUUUAUAAUCAGGGAUUCUGUAAAAGCCUCUUAACCACUGGUUAAAAUACAGCUUGAGGAACAAGUUCGAGGAAUCAGAUCUGAAUGAUUUUCUCGGAUCUCAAGUCUUUACACCCACAAUAAUGUGGUUCUCUCGUGAUGUCCCCAACUACUCUCUGGCUGCAUGCACACAGCACGGACCUCAACGGAAGGGGUUAAAGGCACAGUGAAAGCAGUUGCCUAGAGCCCUGACCACUUUUUCCAUUCUUGCUGGAAACUUUCCAGUGCUAUUUAUAUGAAACCUCAGACUUUACAAUCAAGAAAGCAGCAUGUCCCAGCUAGGGCAUUAUCAUUAUAAUUUGUUCUUGAGUCCUAGCAUGCAGGGCUGCAACGUAAGUAUUGUUCUGACUGUCGCUGAUUCUAAGCGACAUAGGCUUGGUCAAGUAUUAUUUAGCAAAUUUGGUCUGAAAGUUGUCCGCAGUGGUUGAAUGCCAAUUGAGUUUGGACUGUGUAAAAGUUGUGUGGACCGUUCCAUUUCCAUCACGGGCAACUUCUUUUGGGUGAUUCAGCACUUGAGGGUGCCAACAGCCCUGUCUGGUGUUAUAAAAACACGGUGUCUCUUCCAAGAAGAGAGCAGUAAGAGUCACGCGUCUCACACGUUUAACAGCUUGGACCUUAUUUUUUUCCCUAUCUCGUGCCCCCCCCCAAUCCCCCUUUGCGCCACUCUGACGGCCUCCACAUCCGCAGCGGCUGAAGCGAAAGAAAGAAUUCGUGUAAAGUCGCGUAAAAAAUCGGGCACAGGCACAGCCUCCGGUCGCGCGUGAGCUGGCACCGAAACGACGGCUGCGUCCACGGAGCGCGCUCAUGACGCGCGUACCCUUGUGAGUCCACAACCGCAGAAAAAGCGCGGUUCUAACAUGACAUAGGAAGGGAGAAACUGGCAGCCAAAGCAAAAACAAAACGUCAAGCCAACACGCUCUACAGCUCGAUGCAUUCCCGCGGUGGAGGCUUUUUGUUUUAACUUUUGAAACACCCCCCCCUCACUGAAGCGCUCCCUCACUUUUUUCUCUACACGAUUCCGGAGGGAGGAGGAGGUGGUGUGUGUGUGUGUGUGUGGGUGGGUGCGGGGGUGGGGGGGGGGGGGGGGGGGGGACUCUGCGAGGUUGUUUCCAGUUGCUCAUUGACUCAGGCAGCAUGGAUGAGGUGGUGGUGGUGGAGAGGAUGUCUCCCUGCGUCCGAUCCCGGAACCGCUUGACGCAAGUGAUGCUGAGCCAGAAGAAGAUUAAGACCAAGCGGAAAAAGCGAAAGGAGUUGGUGUUGAUCCAGAUCUGCCUUUUCAGCGGGCUGCUGCUGGUCGUCAAGGGGCUUUCCCUCCUCACGGAACAUUCAGGUAACGGAUUGAACAGAGGAGGAGGAGGAGGAGGAGGAGGGCGGAGGUUGCUGCAGACGGACAUGAUGGACAACAGCAGUCUGGAGGAGGAGCAGGAGGCCAAGAACUGCACGGCUCCAGCUCUCCAUGAGUUCCCCACAGACCUGUUCACCCACACAGAGAGGACGGAGGGCGCUGUGGCCCUGCACGUGCUAUGUACCAUCUACAUGUUCUGUGCCUUGGCCCUGGUGUGUGAUGACUACUUCGUCCCGUCCCUGGAGAAGAUAUGUGAGUGUGUACUCAUGUGUGUUUAUGUGUGUGUGUAUGUUUGUUCAUGUGUGUGUGACGUGUUUUCAUAUGCUUGUGUGUGUGCGCAUGUGUCUAUGUGUGCGUGUGUGUGUUUUGUUGUUCAUGUUAGUGUGUACUCAUAUGUGUGUUUAUGUGUGUGUGUGUGUGUGUGUUCCUCCUCAGGGGUGUUCAUCACUAAGGGGGACGUUGGGGUGGGCACCAUCGUGGGAUCGGCCGUCUUCAACAUCCUCUGCAUCAUCGGAGUGUGUGGCCUCUUCGCCGGCCAGGCGGUGAGGCUGUCUCAUUGGACGCUGCUCCGGGACUCCAUGUACUACACCUUUUCUAUCGUGGCCCUCAUCGCGUUCAUCUACGAUGAGCAGGUCUGCUGGUGGGAGUCUCUCAUCCUGGUCCUCAUGUACAUGGUGUACAUUCUCAUUAUGAAGUUUAACGGCCGGGCGAGACGCUACUUUGACCGGAGGAAGAAGAGCUCAGCGAACCUGACCAACGGCCUGACGGGUAGCACGGACCUGGAGGACAACGUCAGCUGCGACCCCACCGCCGUCCUGCUCAAGAAAUCCACCUACCCCUGCACGCCGUCCGUGCUGAUGGUGGACGAGCUGCUGUCGGCCUACCCCCACCAGCUCACCUUCUCCGAGGCCGGCAUGAGGAUCAUGAUCACCGACCACUUCUCCCCGCGGACGCGACUCACCAUGGCCUCACGCCUACUCAUCAACGAGAGACAACGGCUGAUCAACACCUCGGAAACGCACGUCAACCGCAUCACCAACGGCGACUCGGACUCGGCGGCCCGGGCGCCGGAGAGGCGUGGCUUGGAGAACGGGUUGGGCGGGGCCGAGCGGGGGCUGAACGGGCGGGGCCGCGCCCAGGGGGCGGAGCCUGCCAAGGAGGCGGAGAACGAGAACGAGGACAACGACAACAACGCCAACGACGAGGAGGGGGACGGCGAGGAGGGCCACGACGGGCCCCUGGUGCCCUUCAGGAUCCCAGCGGGGGCGUGCAACAAGCUCAAGUGGCUGGCCAUGUGGCCGCUGUGCCUGCUGCUGUUCCUCACCGUGCCCAACUGCAACAAGAAGCCCUGGGAGAAGUGGUUCAUGGUGGCCUUCUUCACGGCCACCGUGUGGAUCGCCGGCCUCUCCUACAUCAUGGUCUGGAUGGUGACGGUCAUCGGGUACACCCUGGGCAUCCCUGAUGUCAUCAUGGGCAUCACCUUCCUGGCCGCUGGCACCAGCGUGCCCGACUGCAUGGCCAGUCUCAUCGUCGCACGCCAAGGUCUGGGAGACAUGGCCAUCUCCAACUCCAUCGGCAGCAAUGUGUUUGACAUCCUGGUGGGCCUGGGGCUGCCCUGGAUGCUGCAGACGCUCUGCGUCGACUACGGCUCCGUGGUCCAUCUCAACAGUAGGGGACUCAUAUUUUCUGUUGUUCUUCUACUGGCCUCAGUGUUCCUCACAGUGGUGGGCGUCCACUUGAACAAGUGGACCCUGGACAAGCGUCUGGGCCUGACCUGCCUGCUCAUGUACUCCAUCUUCCUCUGCUUCUCCAUCCUCAUCGAGUUCAACGUCUUCACCUUCGUCAACCUGCCCAUGUGCUCGGACAUCCACUGACCUGCCUCCGCUUCCUCUUCGCCGCACAUCUCCUUCUUCCUCUUCUUCUGAGACGGAGGACGUCCCACCUGGCUGCUGGUGUCCCAUCCGGCCUCCUCCUCCCCCCCCCCCCCCCCCCCCCCACACUCCCCCUGCACAACCCUGGAAGCUCCAGCCAUCUCCAGAUAUGUCUAUAGAGCUUUAUAUGAUUUGAACCUUGGUGCAAUACGUGACAGAUGAACACCAGAGUCAGAAGAAGAGGCUGUCUGACGGUUUCUUGGGGGUUGGAUUACUGGACUGAAUCAAAGAAGAGUAGCAGGAGGAAGAGGAGGAGGAGGAUGGGGAGGAGGAGAAGAGGGAGGGAGCCCAGUCAUGGUCAAAAGGCAUCGAAAAGGUUGUCUUAGGGUUUAUUGGGUUGGAUUACUGGACUGAAUCAAAGAGGAGGAGGAGGAGGAGGAGGAGGAGGAGGAGGAGACGGAGGAGAGGGAGCCCAUUCGUGGUCAAAAGGGAUCGAAGAAGUUGUCCGAGCGGGCGAACUAGGCUACUCCUGGCUACCCGGUCGCGAGCUGAGGGGUGGAAACGGUUGAGAGGAACCGACCUGCGUUCAGUUCAGCGGCAGGCGUUGAACGACACGGAGAAGCUGCUACUUUAACUCACUGACUAACCCAACCGAACGGGACAGAUCACGUGCUUAAAGCGAUCUUUAGCCUAAUAGGGUCGUUUGUUACUCUUUGUAUGUGUUUAAAAUAUGAGUGUGUAAAGUGCAUUCACGUAUUUCUAACUGGAUUUCUUUGUCCAUAUUUAAGGGUUAUACUGAUGCUCAUGUUUCCUGGAUUUAUGAAUUCUCUCUUGCACACCUACAUUUGGUAUCGAAAGUCACUAUAUUGUAUAUUUUUCCUUGACAAAGAGUCAGCAACUAGAAUUAUUGUUAGUGACCCCUUUCCAAAUGCCUCAUUCUCUCUACCUUGCUGAGUAUCUGCCCUCAGAGAUUCAUAUAGCAUGCUGUAUUCACCACUCCUGAUGCUUUGCACUGAGCAAACCCAAAUAUUUGACUAUACUGAUGAUAUUAAGUCUUGUCUUUGGAUGUCUUUGUUUGGUUUCCCUUACAGAUAUAGCUAAUUAAAUAUGUGGUAUAUUUUCCUACAGUUUAGUCCAAAAAUAGGAAAGGGAUCAUUCUGGAAUUGAAUUGAAAUCCAGCACUGUCACUUUAUUGAUUAAACAUGAUAUGAUAUUACUGUUGUGAGCCAGCUACAGGUUGUUUUAAUCGUGUUACUACUGAAUAAGAAGAUUUCCCUAGACUAUAGGACUUUGUGCUACAGGGUGAGUACGUCAGGUUUGCAUCAGAGCUGAGUACGAUACUCCUAGCAGGGCUUGUGCAUCACAAUACGUCUUGGAAUUUUUUGUCUGCAAUGCUCCCGCAUAUUGAGAGGACUCAAGAGAGAUGUAGCCCUGUAAAAUCCUAGAUCAACAUAAUUAAACCGUAACCUACGCUUACCUUGCAUGAGAUAUGCUGUGGCAGUUUCAAAGGUAACAAUAACUUCCCAUAAUGACAAAUACUUUCACGAUUUAUUGCUAAACGAUGACCGAAAAAACAUGAUUACCAACACAAUAACUAACUAACAUUGCUCCAAUGCCUCCAAAAUGGAGAUCUUCAUUGCGAUGUACAAGCCCUGUUCUUCUGAGACAAAAGUAGUUUGAGAACAAAUGAUAGUUGAUGACGUGAAGAGAUUUGGACCUGAGCUUGAGACUUUGUAGAUGCGGGGUGUGUGUGUGUGUGUGUGUGUGUGUGUGUGCGUGUGCGCGCUGGUGUGUGUUGUAUUUUCUAGGGGCACCAAGGACUUCACUGUGACUGGGAAGACAUAAUCAUAAUUUAUUUAUGAAUUAAUUUAUUCAAGGAUAAUGUCGACCACCAGUUUCAGUACCCUUGGAUUGUGUACGAGAUAUCAACUGGAAAGCUUUCUGUUUGUUCCUUAAGGCGAUGUACAUUUACUGUACCUGAUAUAUAUAUAUAUAUAUAUAUAUAUAUAUACUAUUAGUACUGGAAUCUGACUUGAUGUUGUUUAUAUUUAAGAAUAGAUCUAUAUAAUUUAUAAGUUUUGUAUAGUUUCAGAAAAAACUAUGAGCAUUUGUAUAUUGUAAAUAAAUAACAAAUAAACAACCGUCAAUAAAAACAAUUGUUUUGAAGCUGAGGCUUAUCGAAGCAUCCCAGCUAUCGUUUGGCUGGUUUGCCGAUGUUAUAUCAUUUGGCCGGACCGUCCUUGCUGAGCAGAAGCUUUGAUUUCCCACAUAGUUUGUCUCAACGUGGCAGGUUAAAAGGAGAGCGUGCACCACUGCUGCUAAUCCCUUGCAUGUUAGUUCAGUAAGGAAUUACACAUCGUAAGGACAAACCCCGUUGUACUUCAGGACGAUAACAUAUUAACACAAAAUGACGGGCUCGGAAACAACAUCGCUUUUUUAACAACGAUACAGCACUUGAACCUCUGCAACGCCUCCCUGUAUUUGAGUCUACUACAGCCAGCUUAGCGGCCGGGUUCCUGCUUGUAUUUGAGCCAAAGCCUCCUCUUGUAAACGGCAUUAUUGCCUCUCCGUUUGAAGCAUGCUUUCAGAAAAACUGUGGAGAAAUUUGCAAGGUGUUUUUCAUUUCAUUUUUAUUGCUUACUCUAAGGUGAUUGAUAUUUAUGAUUGUGUUUUAUUGGGUCUCCUCUCAAUGCAAACCACUCUGAAUCAAUGUCAAUGUGAUUGUUGGAGAGACAAAAGAGGGCUCUGUGGUCGCUGUGUUUAUACGUUUCCAGUGAAGACAAUGAAUUGGUACAUUUUCCCUCUGUUUGGGUAUUUUGUAGAUAGGCUCUAUAUAGUUUUAAAAAGGUUGCGCGCAUGACUCUUUCAUAACUCAAAUUAUUUUGUGUGUAAUGUUAAGAUAUGUCCAGGAUCAAAAUAUACAGUUUUUAUUAUGCUGUGCAUUUCAAAAUGGGGAACAUUAUUAUAAAUACACGGGAUAGGCAAUCAUAUUUCAGAUAUCAGGAGUAUUUAGGUCUACGCAAGUAGUUCUCAGUCGACUAAUGUAAUUUUAUGCAUUAUGCAUAUGCAUUAUUUGUCUUUGUUAUUUGUUUGUAAAUCCUCGUUUUUGUGGGGGCCUCUGAAUAGAACUGUGUACCACAGAAGAUACGUUUAGCAUUGUUUCCCCAGGGUCUUCUUGCAAUAAAUUGAUUUACAUGCA